AAGGAAAGCUGAAGUGAAUUUGUUCACACCUUCAGAGACAUAGGCCUUCUUUUCAUCCAAACCAUUAGACCUAGCUGUCUGUCUGUCCAGAAUGAGAGCUGUUGUUGUUCUUCUGCUUGUGGCUGUGGCCAGUGCUAAGGUGUUUGACAGAUGUGAGCUGGCCAGAGCGCUGAAGGCAUCCGGGAUGGAUGGCUACGCCGGAAACAGCCUGCCCAACUGGGUGUGCCUGUCCAAAUGGGAGUCGAGCUACAAUACCCAGGCCACCAACCGCAACACCGACGGCUCCACCGACUACGGCAUCUUCCAGAUCAACAGCCGCUACUGGUGUGACGACGGACGUACCCCGAGGGCUAAGAACGUCUGUGGUAUCCCCUGCAGCCAGCUGCUAACUGAUGACAUCACAGUGGCGAUCCGUUGUGCCAAGCGUGUUGUGCUGGACCCGAACGGAAUCGGGGCAUGGGUGGCUUGGCGCAAUCACUGUCAGUAUCAGGACCUGAGCUCCUACGUGGCUGGCUGUGGGGUCUAGGAUCCUGCUGGAGCUGCUGAACACUUCUCAACCCAUACUGAAGCAGACCUAAUUGAUAGGAUGGAUCUGUUCUGGACUAUCCAUCAGCAUCUGCAGCUUUACCUUUAGCUACUACACGUCCACGUAUUGAGACAUUUUAGAUUACAGAGUAGAUGUAGUAAAUGUUUUUGUCAUACCCGUGGUAUACGGUCUGAUAUACCACGGCUUUCAGCCAAUCACCAUUCAGGGCUCGAACCACCCGGUUUAUAAUACAGAGUAGAUCACUAAUAAUCUGUUUGUUUUUUUAAAUGGAAUGUGUCAUCAUAUAUACUGUUUAAUAUUACUUCAUGUCAAAUCAGUAAACAGCUCAACAUGCUUAGCCAUAAAAAUAAAAAAAAGUUCAUGUUUUA